AUGGAUCGACAAGAAUACUUCAUAGAUUGUGAGCCCAGCGAGCAUAAAGAGGACUUUAUGUCGAACCCUUCUCAAAGCAAUGAGCAAGACUCUAGACGAGGUUAUACAAGCAAGUCACCAAGAAUAAAGCAAUAUCACGCAGAAGAGCAGAUGGUAUUUCGUGAAGGACAAAGGCUGUCUCGAGAAGAGCAAGAGAGAGCAUACUAUAGAGAACUGCACCAACAGCGCUAUCAAGAUAUGCAUCAACAACGCUGUAAUAUGCAAGGUCAUGAAGAUGACUGUCGCCCUGUAAAGUUCUCAGAUAUACAAAAAAUCCACCAAGAACUUAUGCAAAUUACAAACACAUUGAACAAUUUUGCGCACAGAUCUACCAGCUCUAAUUUUUAUAAUCAUAAUAAUCAUAAUAAAACAUCCUCAUUACGAAGUCAGUACUAUGAAGAAGAACAGGCUACAUUCGAUUACCACAACGGAGAGCGCUAUUCUGGCAACUCAAAUAGUUUUCGAGCAGAAUUAUAUUCACCAUCCUAUCAUCGCUCGCAGAAUUAUUCUUACCAGCCAAAUUAUGUUGCGCCAGAUUGUCCAGCUGCUGCAGAACAAUAUUUGCCCUGGGCAGGUGCACGGAAUAUUGACCUCUUCACAGGCCUCGAACAUAACCACCCGUUCGUAACUUUACCUUAUAGAGGAUAUCCUGAAGAUGAGCGAGUGGCAUUCUGUAAUCAAAGACAACGAAUUCCAGUAACUGAUUGUAAAAUAUCAUACGUGGAUAGAUGGCAGCCUUCAAAGAUUAGAGACUGA